AUGUCUCGUCCUCAAAGAGAUGAAGAACCUCCAGAAUGGCUGACGCAAGAUUUUAUAGAAAAUUCAUUGAGAGAAGGUUUGGAUUGCGAAUCGUUUAAAAUAAAAAAUAUGAAAAUGACAAUGGCGGCCGCUGUCGGUGACCAUUACGGAAGUCAAAUGUUUCGCGUUAAUUACACGUAUUCCACCGACGAUAGAAAAACGGAAAAAGAAUCCUCGAUAAUAAUAAAAGUCGUACCGAAGGGAUAUUUUGGUGAAAUGUUGGUUAAAACUUCAUUUUUUGACAUCGAAGGAGAAUCAUUAACUGUCAUCCUACCGGAAGUUUAUAAAAUUAUGACGAAAGUUUAUCCGGAACAACCGAAAUUAUGGGCGGAUUGUUAUUAUUAUCAAGGUCAUCCGAAAAAUGUUAUCGUGAUGGAAGAUUUAAAAUUAUCCGGUUUCGUUUUAGGGAAUAGAUUCCAAGGUUUGGACUACGAACAUUCCUCGCUCGUGAUUGAAUCCCUGGCUAAAUUACACGGUACGUCGUUUGUUUUACUUCAAGAAAAACCGGAAAUGUUUAAAAAUUUAAAUAAACCGUUUUGGAAAUCCGAUAAUGAGGAAAUGUUUAAAAUAAUGUUCGAAGAAAACAUCAACUUUUUAACUGAAGAUAUGAAAAGUUGGGACGAUUUCGAUAAGAAAUCUAUUUACGUUGAUAAACUAUCAAAAGUUGAAAUUAUUAAGGGAAUCAUAAACGUGUGGGAAAGAGAUGAAAAAAAUUUAAAAGUUCUCAUUCAUGGAGAUUCCUGGUUAAAUAAUUUCAUGUUUAGAUACGGCACUGAUGGUAAACUCUCCGGUAUGAAAUUCGUGGAUUUUCAAAUAAUGUCGAUUCAUUCUCCAGCCAUGGAUUUGGUUUAUUUUAUAUUUACGAGUGUUUUACACGAUAAUAAAUUGGAAAUGAUCGACGUACUCCUGGAAAACUAUUACAAAAUAUUUUCUGGAACUUUAAAAAAAUUUAAUAGGGAUCCAGAAAUGAUUUAUCCGUUCGAAGAAUUAAAGAAAAAUUUCGAGAGUAAAUUAUUUUGGGGUUUUGUUGUUUUUUGUACUUUCGUACCCUUCAUGAUGAUGCCCAAAGAAGAUGUCGUAGAUCCGGAAGAAUUAAUGAAAGGUGACAGAACGGAAUAUCGUAGAAAAAUUUAUGGAAAAGAAAGAAUAAGAAAUUUACUUAUCAAAUUGCCGACAAAUCAAUGCACAAUAUGA